GACCGAGGGAAUGCCUGAAGCUCAGUGAACAAGUGCAGCAGGGACCAGGAGUAUGCCAGCUGCAUCGAUAUUAACUGCACUAAUCUACGUUUUGGUGCAAAGUGCCAGAAGCUUGGCGCUCGAUACAACAUGCUGGGGAGAGCGACUACCAGAAGGAAGGAACAGGAGCUGCAUCGGUUUGCAGCCGUUCCUGAUAUUCGGCCACGGGAAAUCAAUUCACCGGAUGGGCCUCGAUGGAAGGAGCCACAGGAGGCUUGUGGCGAGCGUGGGAAGCUCCAUCCUGCUCGACUUCCACUUCAAACAGGAGGAACUUUAUUGGGCUGACAAGCAAACAGGCGUCAUCCACAGAGCGUCGCUGAAAGAGGCGCACCGACAGAAAAUCUAUUCGUCUGACAAACACAUCUCAGGCCUGGCAGUGGACUGGGUUUGGAACAGUGUGUACUGGACGAGCAGGGAGAAGGGGCAGAUCAAGCAAAUGGACCUAAAUGGGAAAAAUGAGAGAACAGUCUUAAGACACUUAACACAACCAAGUUGUAUAAAUGUCGAUCCCACCGACAGGUUUUUGUUUUGGCUGAGCGGUGGGAUAACUUCAGGAAUCCAACGUUCUGAUCUAACGGGACAAAUUCAAAUGACCCUAAUUGAAAUAACGGAGCGGACCGCAGCGCUGUCCACUGACAGACAGGACAAAAGGCUGUUCUGGGUUCAGUUUGGCUUACCAGGAGAAAGUGCCCUCGCUUCGUGUGACUACGACGGGAAUGCCCUGCACAUCAUGGACCAGCCGCUUUGGGCUCAGUCACUUGGACUGUCAGUCUUCCUGGACCAUGUGUACUACACUGAUGCAGCAUCCCAGGUUAUAAAACAAGUGAACAAGUACACCGGUGGAGAUCCAGAGGUGGUUAAUAUCAGACAAAUGGCCAAACCUCCUGUUGAGCUCAAGGUGGUACACCCCCUCGUCCAGCCAAUGGCAGACCCUUCCUCACCUUUUCCUGGCUGUGGUGAGCAAAGUGGGAACUGUGUGAACGUUUGUUCUCAUCUAGCAGAGCGAGGCGUUUGCCAGUGCACUCAAGGUUUUUCUCUCAGCAAGCACGGCACUUAUUGUGAAGACGUGAAUGAAUGUGCCCACUGGAACCACGGCUGCUCUCUUGGUUGUGAAAACAUCCCAGGCUCAUAUUUCUGUACCUGCCCAAAAGGAUAUGCUCUCCUUCCAGACAGGAAGACGUGCCGAGAAAUAGUAGAAUGUGAAGGCAACGGCGCACGAUGUGGCCACGGGUGUCUGCAGACUGGGAGUGGGACCGUCUGUGUUUGCCCUGAAGGAUCCAUUCUGCACGAGGACGGACAAGCAUGCACCGGCUGCUCCUCAGCAGACAGAGGUGGGUGCAGCCAGCUGUGCACCCCCGUCACCCCCAGGACGUGGCAGUGUGGAUGUCUCCCCGGCUACGAGCUCCACCAAGACGGCAGACGCUGCACUGCAUCUGGACUUCCACCGUUUCUGAUAGUUGCCAAUCUGGUGGACGUGAGAAGAAUGAACCCUGACGGCUCUGAGGAUGAGAUCUUAGUGAAGGAGCCCAGAGGAACAAUCUUAGCUUUGGACUAUGAUCCUGUCCUGAACCAAGUGUACUUUGCAAGUAUAGGCAAGAAGACGAUAGAGCGCGUGGAUCUGAACAGUGGGUCCAGACAGGUUCUCGUCUCCGAUGGUUUAGACUCUCCAGAAGGACUGGCCAUAGACUGGGUCCACCGCAGGAUGUACUGGACGGACAACAGAAGAUCAGCUGUGGACUGCAGCACUCUGAGCGGACUGCACAGACAAACCGUGGUGACAGAAGGUCUGCAGAAGCCAAGAGCCGUUGCAGUCCAUCCUCAAGCAGACAAGUUAUUCUGGACUGACGCAGGCGCUCGGCCUGCAGUGGAAUGUGCCACCCUGCAAGGCGCUCAUCGAACGGUUAUUGCAAGCACCCACCUCGUGUCCCCCACUGGCCUGACGAUCGAUUUCGCCGACAAUCGAUUGUUCUGGUGCGAUCAAAAGAGAGGCCUGAUAGAGACAGCUGCCUUGGAUGGUUCAGAUCGACGGAUCCUGUUAGAGAACCAAGUAGGUCGCCCUUUUGGCCUCGCAGUGUUUGAAGACCAGCUCUGGGUCUCAGACUGGGAACGUCAGAGGCUGAGGAGUGUGCACAAGCGGACUGGGAGGAACCUUCAGCAGCUCCAUGAGGGAAUGGUCCAGCCAGCAUCGAUCGUUGUCGUCCAUCCUCUUUCAAAACCAGGAGCAGACGCCUGCCUCCACGUUAAUGGAGGCUGCGCUCAGGUGUGUGAAAGCAAACUGGGAUCAGCCGUCUGCUCGUGCCUGCCACCUGACCACCUGGCACCUGAUGGAAGAACCUGCUCUUCUGCUGAUGCUUCAGGUGUGACUGCAGCACCUGGACACAGGAAGCCCCCUGAGCGCACAGCGCCCGGCCUAACGACUGAUGGAGGGAAUAAUGCAACGUUCUCCACAGAGAAGAUGGUUGCAGACCAGACUGAGUGUCCUCCUCUCCACUGUGAUGUGCACGCACGGUGUCAGAUGGAUGCAGGAAGGCCGCUCUGUUCCUGUCGAGAAGGUUUCACAGGUGAUGGACGCACCUGUCGGGAGAUGGAAGCUCCGUCACAUUGGAGGACGUCUCCAAGUCCAGCUGAUGCCACCACCCGGGGCCACAACAGAAACUCAGCAGAGAGGUGCCCCCCCAGCCACGAAUCCUUCUGUCUGUACAACGGGAUCUGCUUCUACCUCCCCGACAUGGAGUCCUACGCCUGCAACUGCGUGCCCGGCUUCAUCGGCGAGCGCUGUCAGUUCAGUGACCUGGAGUGGCUGGAGCUUCAGCAGGCGGAGGAGGAAAAGAGACGGAGUGUUGUGAUCGCAGGCUGCACGGUGCUGCUCGUGUCCCUGCUCUCCAUCAUCGCCUGCGCCACCUUCUGUUUCAGAAGCAGAAGACGCCUUCAGAAACAGUCGUCAGUGGAUAACGUGAGUGAAAUCAGCGUGACAGAUGCGAGCAUGUUGGAGACCACAACCAGUGACCCCCGGUUCUACAUGGUUGCAGAACAUGAUGUGGAAGAGAAGGUCUUCUCAGCAGGUCCAAGGGGUUCUGUCUGUCCACCGGGCUCUCCAGAACCAGACACCGACCAAUCAUCUGCAGAGCCACACGUGUCCAAACACAGCCGAGGGUGUGAGAGUCCCGCGGUGCCGGCUGGUGCCACAGAAACCACUCAGCCACCGGACCAGCCCUCAGAACCAUCCCUGGGGACGUUUCCAUGUGUUGGGCAGAAAAUAUGUAUUUGUACAUAA